UAGUAUGAACUACUAUGAAAAACUUACAUAUACCGGACAUGUUCAUUAGAUGAUAAGAGGCUAAGAGCAGUGUUUUAGUAUUCAUGUUCCAUACGUAGUAUGUGUGAUAUUCUAAAGUAUCUUAUAUAUCUAGCUUAAUUAGUCAUAUAUACAUGACUAUUUAUAUAUAGGUAACUUUAGUUUACUUAUACACAUGAAUAGAUAUAUAUUUAUAUAUACGAAGUAUAUAAGAGCUCAUGCCUAUACAAUAUUCGGCUUUAUCAUCAAUUCAAACUACUACUAUAACUUUGACUAGAGAAAAUGGCGGGCAUGGAGGUGGAGGAAGUUGAACCCUUCCAUUGGUACAUCACUGACCGUGGAGUUAAGCUGUUUUUUCUCACAUUCUUUUUCUUCCUACUCUCAUUUUUCCUCCUCGUUUUCCUCUUCAUCCGCUUCAUUCGAAAGCAUGUUUUAUCUGCCGAUGACGAUGACGUCCCAGAGCUCACCACGACAAGAAGGCGACUUAACGUUAUUAUAAGACAUGAUGAUCACUCGAGUGGCGACGGAGUUACGGUUACGGUGGAGGCUCCGCCGUCUCCGGCGUGGUCUGGCGUUGAUGUCGAGGUCAUCGAGAACCUGCCGGUCUUUACUCACGGGUUAUCGACGGCGGCGGAGGGUUUGGACGAUGAUAAGAGAAUGGGUAUCGGAGGAACCGAUGAGUGUAUAGUAUAUGUUUGGGAGCUUUUGAGGAUCAAGAGAUCAUUAAAGUGAUGCCGGAAUGUAUGCAUGUUUUCCAUUCUCAUUGUAUUGGUCGUUGGUUGACUGCUCGGUCAACGUGCCCUCUUUGUAGGUCAACUAUAGGCUGCAAUGCAUAUUAUUAAUUCAUCCAGAUGUUUUUAUUUGGACCGAUUUCACUCAAAACAUCAUCAUAUCUUUUACGGAGUAUAAAUUAAAGACAUUUACAC